AUGUUCCGUUAUGUAAUCUGGCUUUUAUUUGUACUGAGUGAUUUCACCGAGGGUAGUAAAUUCACCGUCGGUUUGAAGAGGCAUGAGAAGAACAAAACGCAAAGUGAGUUUCUGGGGAUCUGAGAAGCCGCGGAUGGGAUAGUAAAAGAUGGCCGACAAAGGAUUUAUAUGCUUACAAGGGAAGGUAACUAACAAGGGAAGUACCCCAAGUGCGACGCUUAGAUUUUCUUUAAAAUUUGCACACACGUUGAGUAUGGUCUAAGCAUUAAUUCCUGAAAGUUUUAGCUCGCGCUUUGCAAGUGCAGCCGAGAUAUGGAACGAUUUUUGCCACCGAGAGAGCACGCUAAACGUGGAGAGCGGACAGUGAGAAAACACCCUUUUGGCCAGAACUUUGGCAGUUUCGAGCGGAAAAAUUUGAUUUUUUGUAGAAACAUUGCCCUUUACGGUUGAAAUAGGCAGGAAACUUUUCGAGCCGAAAUUCGGCAAAAAGUCCAAUUUUUUGGCCGACUUUUGAUCUAAAAAUAUCGGUUGUUUCUGCAAAGCGCGAGCUAGGAUUCUCGCAUAUAUCUUAGAAAAAAAUAUUCAAAAUUUGUGCCAAGCUUCAUCAAAAUCUGAGCGUCGCACUUGGGGUACUUCCCCUGUAAGUGUCACCCUCGGAUUUUCUUUGAAUUUUGCGCACACUUCGGACAUAGGCCACAUUUCAGCUUCUGGAAAACUUUAGCUCGCGUUUUGAAGGGGCGCCAGAGAUAUUGGACAAUCUUUUCGGCCAGGAGAAUAUGCGAAAUGCGGAGAGCGAUUAGAGCAAAAUUCAUUUUUAGGCCAUAUUGUUUCCAGUUUCAUGCUGAAAAAAUAUAUUUUUUUUGGAGAAACAUUAUCCUCUACGGUUGAAAUUUGCUUUCUUACUAAACUUUUUUUACUAAAAUUCGCAAAAAACGUCGUAUUUUUUUCAAUUUUGAAACUACAAAUUCUGCGAAGCGCAAGUUGGGAGCCUCGAAGACACUUAAAACACGAUUUCUGAGUCACUGGAUCAGCCAUGGACAUAGGAAAAAAUCGAUUUUGAGUUUUUGAUUUUAAAAUGACUGUAGGCAUCCUAUAAACAUAAUGCUGAAAUAUUUUUGCCCAAUUCCUUCGUUAACCUACUGUAAUUUACAAUUUAAUGCUUUUAGAGUAAUCGACCAUUACAAGAAAACUACUGAUUAGAAAUGGCUGAAAUUGGCAAUACUUAUGUUUUAGGCCAUGCCCGUCAUAAUAGACAUAGAAUUUUGGCAGUCGGGUUACUGUAACAUACCGCAAUAUAGGUACGGCCGCACAAAAUCGGCCAUAAAAAAUUUGUUUCUGAAAACCCGCAGCUGAUUUUUACAUAUGUUAAUCAGCGUAAAAUUCUGCCCUAGAAACAUUAAAAAAAAGUGUAAAAAACCAUGAUCCGUUUUUCGUGGUAUAGUGGAUUUUGGCCAAAUUUAGUAAUCCAAGGGUCGCGAGUUCGAUCCCCGUGGAAGCAAAAUCCGUAAUACCGCCCAGAACCAUAAAAAAUCAAUUGGGCUGAGUUGUAUAGCAUACACGGGAAGCAUAAAAACCUUUAUAAAAAUUGAUUUGCAAUUUUGAAAGCAUUUUUUGAAGAUGACAUCAGAAUUUUGUUUUUCGUGGAUUACGGUGCAAAUUUAGUUUAGGAAUGUUGGUAAAAAUUACUGUAUAAAGGUUUUCAAGCCUUCUAAAUUCAAUGGGACAAAUUUUUCGGGCCUAGGAUUACUGUAACAUGGAGAAAACAAAUUUCGGCCGCUAAAAAUCGGCCGUAAAAAUGUUGUUUUCAAAAAAACGCCAUUCAUUCUGCGAUUUUUGGAAUCAGCGUGAAAUUUGGCUCUAGAAUCAUUACAUACUGUACCUUAGUUGACCGUUUGAAUUUUACAGAAUUUUUUUGCCGUAAAAUCACAAAUUUUGAGGUGAGUGAAGUCAUCCGCGGAAAUCGAAAAAUAAAAUCAUGAGUUUCUAGGCUAGAAGUAUGUACAACCACUAAUAAAAUAUAGCUUCAAAAUAUUUUUGUUUAAUUCCAUUGCUAAUGCAGUUUUAUUUACAAUUUUCAAAUAUGAAAAUAAUUCACCACAGAGAAAAAAGUAUUUGACAACAUGACUGUGUUUGGAGUUGAUAUAGUGUGGAAUUGUACGCUGAUUCCAAAAAUCGUAGAAUGAAUGGCGUUUUUUUGAAAACAACAUUUUUACGGCCGAUUUUUAGCGGCCGAAAUUUGUUUUCUCCAUGUUACAGUAAUCCUAGGCCCGAAAAAUUUGUCCCAUUGAAUUUAGAAGGCUUGAAAACCUCUAUACAGUAAUUUUUACCAACAUUCCUAAACUAAAUUUGCACCGUAAUCCACGAAAAACAAAAUUCUGAUGUCAUCUUCAAAAAAUGCUUUCAAAAUUGCAAAUCAAUUUUUAUAAAAGUUUUUAUACUUCCCGUGUAUGCUAUACAACUCAGCCCAAUUGAUUUUUUAUGGUUCUGGGCGGUAUUACGGAUUUUGCUUCCACGGGGAUCGAACUCGCGACCCUUGGAUUACUAAAUUUGGCCAAAAUCCACUAUACCACGAAAAACGGAUCAUGGCUUUUUACACUUUUUUUUAAUGUUUAUAGGGCAGAAUUUUACGCUGAUUAACAUAUGUAAAAAUCAGCUGCGGCGUUUGAGAAAUAACUUUUUUAGGGCCGAAUUUGUGCGGCCGAACCCACAUUACGGUAUGUUACAGUAACCCGACUGCCAAAAUUCUAUGUCUAUUAUGACGGGCAUGGCCUAAAACAUAAGUAUUGCCAAUUUCAGCCAUUUCUAAUCAGUAGUUUUCUUGUAAUGGUCGAUUACUCUAAAAGCAUUAAAUUGUAAAUUACAGUAGGUUAACGAAGGAAUUGGGCAAAAAUAUUUCAGCAUUAUGUUUAUAGGAUGCCUACAGUCAUUUUAAAAUCAAAAACUCAAAAUCGAUUUUUUCCUAUGUCCACGCCUAAUUGGCGGCUGAUUCAGUGACUCAAAAAUCGUGUUUUAAUAUAUAAAGCGGGAGAUAAAAGAUUUUCUGAAAAAUUUUUGAAAUUUUUCUGUUUUUACUUUUUUUUUAAAAAAAAAGUAAAUUUUCAGUUUACUUCAAGGAAAAUGCAAAAGAAAGUCAAUUUUGUUUCUGGCUUUCCGACUUCAAGGUCGGGAGUAGGACCGGAUCUUACUCCCCGCUCGUAGUCGCCGAAAGUCAGAGCUUGUUUUUACUUUAUUCCUCUUUUUGGCCCCGCACUGCAGGUUGCAAGGUUGAUGCCAAGUCUUUCCCUGAUGUGUCAAGUUUUUCUCUUCCGAAAAAAUUAUUUUUACGUUUGUGCGACGUUGUGAAGUAUGUUCUCCACGAAGAUGGGCUGGAAAGUGAUCAAGUAAGUUAGCAUUGGCAAGAGGAGAUGUACGUUUUUCAUUUGACAUCAAAAAUUUCCAUUUUAUUUCAGAGAAAGGUACAAAAUUUUUCCAAUUCGUAAAGCUUCAUGACCAUGGAUAAUGUAAGUGAGAUUAUCUCCUUUUUUGCUACGACGUCAAGAUUCUAAGUCGGGAAACGUUUAGAGGAGACCCCACUCUCAUGUAUAUUCUCCAUGUAUGAAACCCCAUAACGUAAAAAUUUCAAAUACUGUACUAACUUUCCAAAAGUAUGUUAUACUAAAGUAAAACCUAUGCAAACUAUCUUCAAGUUAUUGUAACAACGUUAUUUGAGCCUUAUUACGUUAUUACCUCAGUUUAGAACGCAUUCGUGGCAAAAAUCCGGCAGAUCUGAGCGGAUUUCGAUAUUGUACAUGACACCUAGAAAUCGAAUUUGGUGGCGUUUGAUAGAUAGAGUAUAUAACAAAACUAAAGUGAGGUGUCCUCUAGAACUCGCCAGCCUAGAACUGUUAACUCCAAUAACGGAACAAAAAACGCGAUAAGCGCACUUACAUUAUCCAUGGUCAUGAAGCUUUACGAAUUGGAAAAAAUUUGUACCUUUCUCUGAAAUAAAAGGAAAAUUUUUGGUGUCAAAUGAAAAAAGUACAUCUCCUCUUGCUAAUGCUAACUUACUUGAUCACUUUUCAGCCCAUCUUCGUGGAGAAAAUAGAUUCACAACUUCAAAAAAAAUCAAAACGUUUCUUCCGGGAGAGAGAAAUUUGACACAUCUGGAAUUCCCGGGCGCAGCUCGCAAAAAUAGUUUUGAAGAAAAUAAAUUGGCGCGCAGGUGAGUAAAAACGGCAUCCUACUCACCAGCCAAAAUGGGCGAGCCAUUUUUGUUUCAACUUUCCGGAUCGACCUUUUAGCGAGCCAUUUUUGAUCCAACUUUCCAAAAAUUUGUCGUUCGGAGUAAGAAUGUUUUUUGACUCUCCGAAAUCGAAAAUUUCCGGAAAUUUUUCAAAAUUUACUUUUUUUUUAAAAAAAAAGUAAAAACAGAAAAAUUUCAAAAAUUUUUCAGAAAAUCUUUUAUCUCCCGCUUUAUAUUUCAAAAAGUUUGUGCCAAGCUUAACCAAAUUUUGAGCGUCGCACUUGUAGAACUUCCCCUGAUAGGAAAUUAUCGCGCAGGCGCUUGAUUCCAACUUCAUACUAACAAAGAAAGCAAAAAUCAGUGUUUAAAGAACUGUUUUUUUUGUCUGCCCGACUUCUCUCACUUUGGAUGACCUCUUGAAUCCAUUGAUCAUGAAUUAUCAUAAAUUUCCUUUUUAGUUGUUCGUGACUCCACUGGUUCAACGACAGCUCCUCGGACAUACGGCCAGACACUGAGCUCACAGCACAAUCUGGAGUAUCGAGGUAAGGCGACCAGAAUUUGCAUUUCAUAAUUUGGCAUACGAUUAAGUACAAUGUAGUCUAAUAAUUUCGAAUUUUUAGGAAUUGUCUCUGUUGGAACGCCACCGCAAACAUUUGAAGUGGUCUUUGACACCGGUUCCGAUAUUUUCUGGCUCCCAGAGCUUGGAUGUUCGAGUAGUGGCGUUGAUGUGCACGCUUGUGCGUCUGGGGUUGAUGUCUACAAUCCACAAGCAUCGACGACGAGUUUGCAGCUAACGCAGACUUUUCAAAUUCAAUAUGGAACCGGAUCAGCUACUGGAUAUUAUUACGAUGAUGUCUUUAGUGUAAGUCGGCAAUUCAGAGAGCUUUUUAACGCCAAUUUUUUAUGGGAGGGGUUUAAUAAAGGGCUGAUAGACUCUUACAAUGUUAGAUACAAAUCGAAUGACUUUUUCAUGUCAAAAUUCGCAAAAAAAGCGUCACAUUUAUGCCGUUUUUCGAUAAAGAAAUCUCGGUUAUUUAUGCAAACCACGAGCUGGGAGCCUCGCAUACGCAGUAGGAAAAAAAUAUAAAUUUGUGCCAUAUAACGGUCUAUCGGUAAAAUAAAGAACACUCUGUCGUUUAACACUCCAAAAAGUUGCUGAAAUGAAAAGCAAUUUAAUUUUGCCGCGACACAAUUCAUUUUCUUGGCGGCGAUGCGAUUUUCGCUGCGACAGAGUGCUCAUUAUUUUCCCGACAGACAUAUAAAGAAAGCUUUUUCAGUUCGGCGAUGCCACACAGCCAACAUCUGCCAUCUCCGUUGGGAACGUGACGUUCGGCGCGGCUCGCCGAAUGACGUUCUCCGAUCAAGGCAUCCUCGGAUUAUCCUUUGCCAACGGAAACGACCCCACCCCGAUCUUUCAGCUGGCUGUGGAGCGCGGCGUGUUCGAAGAGCCCUACUUCACCGUCUAUCUGCAGAAGUGCACACACAACUGCGACGAGGGCGGCUUAAUCACGUUCGGCGGGCUGGAUAACGAGCACUGUGAGCCGAUCGUGGGCGAGACCGCGCUGAUUCAGGGAACGCCGUAUUGGCUGUUUUCGUUGGAUGCGGUGGUGUAUCAGAAUGUUAGGAUUACGAAACAACAAGUAAGAUCUGCAAAUGGCAUCAGUAAGAGUCAUAUCAGACUGUCGGGAAAAUAAUGUUGCCUUGAGAAAAAUAUUAGGUUGUCCCACAAAUAAUGUCCCUCUUUGAAAAAUUUACUUCUGCGACAAAAUUUACCGUAAUAACAGCAAUCUAAUUAAUCAAAAUAAUUACCAUAUGCUUUAACACGUUGAUUACAACGUGCCAAGCAUUUUUUUAUUCCAGUAGUUUAAAAGUCCCGGCAUCUGGAGCCGAUGAAACUUUUGGAGGCCUUUUCAAGGGCGUCUUAAUUGAUUAAUUUUCUACCACGGAUGAAACGUGGUAGAUCCUUGGACAGGUGGUAGUCUGCAUAGGCUAUCUACAGCGAAUAUACCAGACGAAGAAGAGUUUCGUAUCUCGGUUAAUUCGGCUUCUGGAGGGUAAUUUUUAGAAGGUGAGGUUGCGCGUUUCCGUUAAAAAUGUUCGAACUUCUGUGGCGUACCGUGGAAGGCCGAUUGUGCAACAAGCUGUCUAUGCAGGUACAGUAGGAGGUGGUGUUUACAGUUUGGCCCGGUUCCAGGAAACAGUAAUGCAUGAAUCCCACGUUGCGCCAUCAAAAAUUGACCGUCACCGUCUUAGAGGAACUAAGACUUUGGGACGUGCUGUGGUGGUACCCCGGAUGACCACCUUUGAGAAAAUCUUGCCUAGGUGUCGUAGUUGAUUCUCAUUUUGUCACAAGCUAUGAUACGAUCCAGAAAAGCAGGAUCUUAGGCUCGGUAAAGCAAAAAAGCGAAGCCUUCAUUCUGGGCCUUGGUCCAAUAAUAUGGGAAGAAUUCGUCGAGCUUUUUCUUUAAUUUAUCGACAUUGCACUGUUAUCCACCGAUAAUUUUGAUACCACCACAUUGCCGGAAAGGCGUCGGACGUAGAUUCCAUGACUUCCGUCGACCAAUGACCUCAGGGUAAAUUCGCAAAGCUGGCAUGAUGUGUUUUUCCUUCGGGGUUCCUGUGGCUAGGUCGAAUUUUUUUAAACGCUCGUUUCACCGUGGCCGGACUCACAGCACACUGGUCAAACAUGGCGUUGAUAUUUGGUGUAACUUCUAAAACCUUCAUACCCUGUUUUUGCUCCCACAAGUUGAUGGCACAAAUCGUCCUUUUUUCCGAAAUUUUGAAGUGGGGCUAAAUUACUGUAAUUUCAUCGAAAUAUGGCAGAUGACAUAUUAAACAAAAGCUUGAAAUCAUGGCUACAAAAUGCUAGAAUAUUACGAAAUUUGGUUGUUGCUUACGUUUUUUAUAGACCUUUGACUUGACCCCUCUCGAAGAGGGACAUUAUUUAUGGGACAACCUAAUAUCUCUCUUCGACGCAGUCGCGCAUGAAAGACCAUCUAGCCGUCGCAAAUUUAUGAUGGUCGAGUCCACAUUAUUUUCCCGACAAACUGACAUCAGCCCGUCGGGAAAAUAAUGAGCAAAAAGCCGCCGCGCCAAUCGCAUCGCUGGAGUGAAAAAUCAAGUUCAUCUUGUCUCGACACAGUUCAUUUUCCAUGCAGUUUUGGAUGUGACAUGGUGCUCAUUAUUUUCCCGACAGACUGAUAAUAAAAAAGAGUCCAGAAAAUCGCUUUUCAAACAUCAUUUUUAAAAUUUCUUUGAGAGCAAGGGUGUCAUCACUACCUUUUUCCAGGCAAUCGUCGACACGGGCACAUCGAUCAUCAUUGGGCCGCAAUCCUCGGCCAGCAAGAUUCUCCGGCAAAUUAACGCUCAGUCGAUUGGCGGCGGCAAUUACAUCAUCGAUUGCGACGCCCAAUUUUCCAUCGACUUCACUAUCAAUGGAAAGGUCUACAGCGUUGAGGCGGACCAACUAAUCUUGCAAGAUGGCUCAGGGGUAUGCACCCUGGCGUUUGGCGCCGAUCCCGAACUGGAAUUUUGGAUCUUGGGCGACCCAUUUUUGCGACAGUUCUGCACUGUGCACAAUGUCGCAAACAAGACGUUGCAGUUCGCGCCGUCGAAGAAUGCGACGCACAAUCAAGGCGGCAAUGGGAACAGUGGGAAUGGAGGAGGCAGCGGGAAUGGAGGGGGUAGUGGGAAUGGUGGAAAUAGAGGCAAUGGAAAUCGCGGAAGCGGCGAGAAUGGAGGCCGCGGUAAGUUUCGGCUAAGUUUCUGACAAAAAAUCCGCAAUUAUCAGUCCGUCGGGAAAAUAAUGGGGACCCUUGCACGUCAAACUGAGAUAAGCUAAAACAGUCCCGUGAAUGGUUUGCCAAUUUGGCAAAAGAAAGCCCCAAAAAAACGUUUUGUCGGGGAAGAAAUGAGGAAUUUUUGGGGCGAGAGAGUACGUUUUUGCCCGUGUUUCUGUCUUCUCUGCAAAUUCAAGACGAAGUGUAAAAAACCGAUAGCGAAGAGUCUAUUCCGGUCGCCAGACUCCACAGUUUGACGCGAGUUGUGCUUUGGAAUUUCUAAUCAUCGCUUUGCGACGGGUAGCCAGGGCUGGGGAUUUGGUGUGCGACUGCAACAAAACAAUAUAUUUCGCUCCGAAAAAUCCACAUUAUUUUCCCGACAGACCAACGACAAAUCCAUAUUAUUUUCCCGACAAACUGGUAAUGGUCCUGCGCUUCAAUUUAACACCACUUUUUCACAUAAUUCUUCCAAAUUCGGAUUGAACUUUUGCAUGGUCAACUAAAGUUUUUUUAUGGCGCGUUUCAAGAACCGAACGGAAAAAAUCGAACUUUUUAGCCUCGAAAUAGGCUUUUAGCCAUUUCAUUUUUGUGACAUCUUGGCUACAUUGAUCCCUCUAAUCUAUAUUUUAGGCCACGGUCAUCGCCCCUUCGAUCCAUUUGCUCCCUGGAACAGCAACAACAACCCCUUCGGCAACUCUCCAUUCGGCAAUUCGCCUUUUGGCAACUCCCCAUUCGGCAACUCUCCGUUCGGUUCCCCGUUUGGCAACAAUAACCCGUUCGGUGGACGCGGCAACAAUCCCUUUGGAAGCCCGUUCGGAUCCUUCGGCAAUGGCCCGUUCGCUGGAAAUGGCUGGGAUUACGGUGACCCGUUCGGACGAGGUGGCGGAUUCGGCGGAGGCAAUGGCCUAGGGUUCGGGCGGAAUUUCGGCUGGUUAUUUGGAAACAACCAACCUUUCUUCAGAUAA